UCCAAAUGCGGCAUUUGCAAAACAAAGAAUUGACGUCAUAAACAUCGCACGUUUUUAACAAGCCGCCGAUAUUUUACCCCCCAAUUUAUUUUUUCGCCGGAAAAGAAACAAAUUGUUAAAAUAAUAAAUAGUAUGCUGUUUCUUGAUUUUAGCCAUGUGAAAUAAAACCAUUGCAUAUCGAGAUGUAAUUAAUGCCUUUUUAGACCGCAUUAUAUUGUUUAAAUACAAUGAAAUGAAAGCGAAAGUAGCUGUUAAUGUUAUCUCCCUUUUCAUAAACGUAACUUCCGCUGUCAAUGUAAACUAUCUUCUGCUCGUUAUUUUGCCCACCGUGAAAUGUGUUCGUAAUGUCAUCAUGAGUCAAAGCAGCGUGUUGUCGAGUGCCAGUACGAUCCCCCCGUCAAUUAUAGACCAGGACGACAACGAUUUUAACGACGAACUGUCGCAUGUGAAUGAUUUGUUUUUCGGAAAUGUGGAAUUAAAUGUCGGCGCCGAGUGCUCAGCGGUAACUAGUGGUUCUGAUGAAAGUGACUGUGAUAGUGAAGAUGUGUGUAAUGAUCUGAAUAACAACGAUGAUAAUGACUUUGAAAUUUCUGAUUCUGACAAAAGAGAGGCGCAGUGUGUGCAUGAUUUUUAUGAAAACACUUGUGGAUGCAGCAGACUCUAUGGUAAGCCAUGUAGCUCCAUUGUUGACAGAAAUGUGCUCAAUGAUUACAGAAACGUGUGUUUAGAGACAGACAAAUCUGAACUAGAUAUGCUGAUAAAGGUGCAGCUCUUCCAUCAUAGAAAUAAUUCUUCAGAAACAUCUGCCAAGAAACACAAGACAAAGGAAAGAGAAAGGGUGAGACAAGUUUAUCAUUUUAGUGGAAUCCAGGUGUGUAGAGAGACAUUUGCUUUCGCCCAUGGGAUAAGUAGGAAAACCAUUGAUUCCAUUGCUAGAUCCCUUGAUCAAGAUGGGUUUGGUGCUAGAGUUCAUGGCAACAAAGGUAAAUCCCCUAAACAUGCCUUAACAAUGGAGGAUGUGAAGAGAGUCAAACAGUUUCUUCUUAGUUAUGCCAACAAAUAUGGACUUCCCCUACCUGGCAGGCUACCAAAUUUCAGAAAUGAGAAAACUAUUUUACUGCCCUCUGACAAAACCAAAGCAGAAGUUCACCAGGAAUAUUUGACACUUGCUGAUGAGAUGUCAUUGAGAAAGAUAUGCUUAUCUCAAUUCAAAACAGUAUGGCUUGAGCAGUGCCCUCAUAUUUUGAUCAUGAAGCCUGCCACAGACCUCUGUCACACCUGCCAGUCCUUUUCGUCAACUCUUUCAUGCAGCGGCAAUUUGAACGAAGAGGAAAAAGAGGAUAUUCUAUCAAAAUAUCAAGAGCAUGUUGGACAUGUCAAAGAACAGAGGGACCAUUACAGGGAUCAGUGUGCUGCGGCCAAAUCAACAUUUGUCCAACUCACCCCAGAGCAAAAAAUAAGAGGCCAGCCACCCUGCACAUUGCAGUCUGAGUUUCAUUAUAGCUUUGACUAUGCACAACAAGUGCAUUAUCCUCACUAUGCACAACAAGUUGGGCCAUUGUUUUUUAAAACACCUAGAAAAUGUCAAUGCUUUGGGAUCUGCUGUGAGGGAUCAGGCACCCAGAUAUUUUAUCUUGUGGAUGAAGCUCAGCACUCAAAUAAAGGCGCAAACACUGUGACCAGUAUGCUGCAUCACCAUUUCAUGUACCAUGGUCUUGGUGAAACAGAUGUCAAGCUUCACAUGGAUAAUUGCAGCGGGCAAAACAAGAAUAACACAGUCAUCGGAUAUGGUAUGUGGAGAGUAAUGACUGGUCUCCAUGAGUCAGUGGAAUUUUCAAUGAUGGAAGCUGGCCACACCAAGUUUAACCCAGAUUGGCAUUUUGGGUUAUGGAAAGUCAAAUGGAGGCACUCGAAUGUUGAAACCUUAGCGGAGAUUGCUGCCAGCGUUUUGAAAUCCUCCAGGAAUGGCCACAAUGUCCCGCAGUUGGUGGAUGAUCCUGUUGCUCCUCUCUUCUUUUAUGACUGGGCAACCUUCUUCAAGAGGAUCUUUAAACCAAUACCCAGUUUAAAGUCAUAUCAUCAUUUUAGAAUGGACAAAGAUCAUCCUGGUAUUGUGUUUGUAAGGGAGUACGCAACAAGUCAGGAAGUGGCAGUCAACAUCCUCAAACCUGGUGCAGCAGUUGACCCUACUGUUCUUCCAUUAGUGAUUCCUCCAUCAGGGCUUGAUGCACACAGACAGUGGUACCUAUUCAAUGAAGUUGCUCCCUAUUGUGUCAACAAGGAAAGCUGUCCAAAGCCAACCAUGCCAAAACCUCUCGUCAAGAUAGACUCACCGUCACUGGCCAGGAAAUGCAGCAAAUGUAAACUGACUGGACACAAUAAAACAACAUGUAGAAUAUAAACUAAGUUAUAUCUAUCCAUUUAAAAUGUGAUGAUACUUCAAUGUUCACUUAAAUAUUGUAUUUGUUCAACUUCUUUUCAUAUUUCUUCAAUAUUGAUUGAUGAUUGGAUGAAUGAAUGGAAGGAUGAAUGAAGGAAUGAAUGAAGGAAUGAAUGAAGGAAUGAAUGAAUGAAUGAAUGAAUGAAUGAAUGAAUGAUUGAUUGAAUGCAUAAAUGAUUGUUUUAAUUGAUUAAUUGAUUAAAACAUGAUAUUCAAUUGUUACAAAGUUUCAUUUCUUGAUUUAGUUUUAAAAGUGGUUUAAUUUUUUUAAACACGAAUUACUUUUUCCAUUGAUAAUCAUUUUACUAUGAUCAGUUAUUUCAUAGAAUGCUAACAACAAUAAAUUUUUUUAAGGUACUGCAUACUGUACUUAAUUUAUCUGGUUACAGCUGGUUUAGAUGGGUGAAUAUAUGAUAUAACUAAAUUGAAGACUGCUAAACAACAAAGAAUGCAUUUUAAAGUGUUUUGACAUGUAACUUAAUAUGUGUUACAUGUAAUCAAACAGAUGCAGAAUUUAUGUAGUAAUUGCGCAGUAAUGCACAUUAAGCAGAAAUGCCUACAUAGUACAGCAAUCUUUGUGACGUCAUAUCUCAAAAACUAGCUUGUAUAUGAGAGUAAAAUUUCAUAAUAUUAAUUUUGGACAUAUAAGGUGUAAGAAUAAGCAAAAAUCUCAUUUUUGAAAAUUUCCUCAUUUGGACCCAAAAUGUCAU